AUGGAGGAGAAUGACUCCAAGCCCAGCGACGCAGCGGCGGCGGAGGGGCCGUGGCAGCCAGAAUCCAGCCCCAGUGGCGGCUCGGGAGGCGGUGGCGGCAGCAGCCCCGGCGAUGCGGACACCGGACGCCGUCGGGCACUGGUGCUGCCAGCGGUCCUGCAGGUGCCGGGCAACCACCAGCACCCUCACCGCAUCACCAACUUCUUCAUCGACAACAUCCUGCGGCCCGAGUUCGGCCGGAGAAAGGACGCAGGGACGUGCUGUGCCGGCGCGGGCGGAGGAAGAGGCGCCGGAGGCAGCGGCGAAGGCGGGGCGGGCGGGGCGGAUAGAGGCGGUGGCGCGGGUGGCGCCGAUCAGCUCCUGGGGUCCGCCCGGGAGUCCCGGCCGAGAGCGCCCUGUGCGCCGGGUGCCGGCGGGCCGCUGCCAGGCGGCGGCGGCGAGUCUCCGGGCGAAGGCGAAGGAGGCUCCAAGGCUCUCUCGCUGCACAGCGACGCCAAGAAAGGCAGCGACCCCAGCGGCCCCCUGGACGGGGCGCUCAAGGCCCGCGGCUUGGGAUGUAGCGACCUGUCCCUUGAGCUCUACUCGGACAGCCCCAGGUCUCGAAAACCAAAGAAGAAGAACCCCAACAAAGAGGACAAGCGGCCACGCACAGCCUUCACCGCGGAGCAGCUGCAGAGGCUCAAGGCCGAGUUUCAGACCAACAGGUACCUGACUGAGCAGCGGCGCCAGAGCCUAGCCCAGGAGCUGGGCCUCAAUGAGUCGCAGAUCAAGAUCUGGUUCCAGAACAAGCGCGCCAAGAUCAAGAAGGCCACGGGCAACAAGAACACGCUGGCGGUGCACCUGAUGGCGCAGGGCCUGUACAACCACUCCACCGCGGCCAAGGAGGGCAAGUCCGACAGCGAGUAGGCCGUCUUCUCCCUGCGUGUCUCUGUGCGCGAAACAAUGCAAUAAUUUAAAGUUAUCAAAAAGGGCAAGUGUACAAAAAUUAUACCAGCAUUCCUAGU